AUGGCCACGAGCAUGCGAACAAAACGAGUGGCCAAGGAGCGUCAGAAGAUUGAUAAGUUCGGCCUGCCUCCUGGCAUCGAGCUCGUAGACGGCAACGACUUGAAAGAAUGGCUCUUUGAUAUUCGCGUCUUGGAUAACAACCCUCUAUAUAACGGCAACAUCUACCAGCUGAAAUUCGUCUUUUCCGAUUCUUAUCCUAUAGAACCCCCCGAGGUCACCUUUGUAAACGGACCAGCCCGCCCAGUGCCCAUGCAUCCACACAUCUACUCGAACGGAAUAAUAUGUCUUGAUCUUUUGGGGAACCAAGGAUGGAGCCCGGUCCAAAGCGCGGAGAGCGUCUGCAUGAGCAUACAAAGCAUGCUCACGAGCAACAACAAGAACGAGCGACCACCUGGCGACGAAGAGUUUGUGCGCGGGAACAAGCAGCGACCCCGAGACAUAGAAUUCUUAUACCACGACAACACCGUGUAA